UUUUUUUGUGGGAAAACUGUAGAUGUAUUAGCCAGGGCAAAAGAAGCAAGGAGAACAGCGAAAGCCGAACAAGAGGCUAACAAGCAAAAAAACAAACCGGAAGUGCAAUGGAGAUAGCUAAAAGUAAACGCCAAUGGAUUGAACUCAGAAAUUAUUAGCCUCCCACUGAAGCAGAAUCGGAUUCUUCCUUUUGUCAAGAGAGCAUUUUUAUGUGCGUUUUUUCAUACGGUUCUGUUCUUCUCGUCUCUAAGUUUGGAUUGAAAUGACUGCAAGUUAGUUUUCGGAUUUUUCGGUGUCGGUUUUGCUUGAGAGAAGCUGGGAUGGAACAAGGCUUGAAGAUUCAAGUUGAGGAGCUUUUUGCAGAGGCUGAUCUAGUAAAAUGGUUUACUAUGCUACAUAAGGCUGUUAAGGAUGUCAAGGACAAGAAUCCGAUGUUUAGAGAGCCCCUCGAAAAUCUCGAUUCAAAGCUAGAAGAGUUAAAUCCGCUGAUCAAAAGCAUAGAGAACAAGUAUUCGACCAAAAAGAAGAAAAAAGAAAAAGGCGUAGCAAAGUUGAAGGACGUGUUGGAUCAACCAGAAUGGGAAGUGGGAAAAAUGGUGAAACAAAUAGAGAAUGGAAACGAGCUCGUUCGCAAGUGCUCCAAGCUUAGCCCGUGGAACGUCUUCCACGCCUUGCAACUUGUUGAUUUGAAAAAGUGUCUAAACGGGUUGUUGAGGAUACUGACUGAGGAGGGAUCAAGGAAUGCGUUGGGGAAAAUGGUUGUUUCGAGGGAGAACUUGCGAUCAGUUACUACACUUGCAGAUGUCACGGUUGGAUUGGAUGAGCCUUUGAGGAAUUUGAAGAACAUGCUUCUUAAGGACAAUGUCUCAAUGUUGGUGCUGAAUGGUCUCGGAGGAUGCGGGAAGACCACAUUGGCAAUUAAAUUCUGUGAAGAUAAGGAUGUCAAAGCUAUAUUCAAGGAAAAUAUGUUCUUUGUCCGCGUUUCGAAAGAGCCCAACUUAGCGUUAUACAAGUGGCUACGUCAACGCAUGGCAGGACCAGAUCCUCUACUGUUGGUCCUGGAUGAUGUUUGGUCCAAUUCCGAAUCUCUUCUUCAGGAGUUUUACGAUUUGAAAUUGAAAAAUUGCAAGAUCUUGGUGACAUCGAGAAUUCAAUUUCGAGGAUUUGGCACUCCGUAUAAUCUCAAAGCUUUGAAUGAUGAAGAUUCAAUGACUCUUUUGCGUCAUUCAGCAUCCCGGGGAGAUAUCUCGUCUGUUCAAGAUCUUCUGAGAGAGGUACUAAAGCGCUGUAAGGGAGUUCCGCUUUCCAUUUCAGUGAUUGGGAAAUCACUUUGCGGAAAAGAUACAGAAUUCUGGCGUUCAAGUCUAGCAGACUGGUUUGAAGGUUCUAUUCCUGAUUUUGACACUGAGUUGCUUCUUAACCUUCAAAGUAGCAUAGAUGCCUUAGGUGACAACGAGGCUUUCAUCAAGGAAUGUUUCAUGGACCUUGCUUCAUUUCCUGAAGGUCAAAGAAUCUCUGCUGCUGCUUUCAUUGAUAUGUGGGCAGAGUUAUAUAACUAUGUGGACUCUCUGUCCAUUACGAUCCUCCAUGAUCUCGCCAGCAGAGGUCUGGCAAAUCUUGUGAUCACUAGGAAUAUAGAGAUUCUGGAUGGCUACUACAUCGAACACUUUGUUAGACAGCAUGAUCGGCUUAAAGACCUGGCUAUCUACAAUGCGAAACUAGACCCAAUAGAAUAUAGAAAAAGACUGAUUGUCGUAAGUGGAGACAAUCAACCCAUCAACGCUAGCCGAUUAUGUAUCUCCUCUGGUGGUCUCAUCUCUCUCUUUAGAAAAUGCAAAUACGUGCAGAAGUCUCAACCCAUCAAUGCUCGCCUAUUAUCUAUCUCCUCUGAUGGAAAGUCCUCAACACAAUGGAAGAGUGUCCGUCUACCACAACUUGAGGUUCUAGUUUUGAAUUUUACGACAGAGAACAAUGCCGUACCUGAAUUUGUGCAGAAAUUUGACAAACUGAAGGCUCUAAUAGUCACAAAAUAUGGUUCAUUACCUACUGAAUUGAAUAAUUUUCAUCUUCUGAAAUUAUUAUCAAAUCUGAAGAGAAUCAGAUUAGAGCGCAUUUCAAUUCAUUCCAUAACCAAGAACUUCGUACCAUUGAAGAGUCUAAAGAAGAUAUCUCUAUACAUGUGUAACAUUGGUCAAGCUUUCUGCAAUUGUUCCAUCACAAUUUCUAAUGCCUGGCCAGGUCUAAAGGAAAUGAAUAUCGAUUAUUGCGAUGAUUUGAGGGAACUGCCUGCCGAGCUCUGUGAUCUUGUUCAUAUGGAGAUUCUUAGUAUCACCAACUGCCAUAAGCUAUCUGCCUUGCCUGAAGAGAUUGGAAAGCUGGAGAAUUUGGAAGUAUUGAGACUACGGUCCUGUGCAGACUUGGAAAGGCUUCCGGUCUCGAUUAAGAGACUCACUAAGUUGAACCUUCUUGACAUGUAUAAUUGUUUCAGUAUUAAGGAGUUGCCUGAAGGCAUUGAUAAGAUGAGCAGUUUAAGAGAGAUCAAUGUAGGACAAUGCUUAAGAUUGGACGAGUUGCCUGAAUCAGUGCGGGUUCUUGACGUGCAGUUAGAGAAAGUGAUUUGUGAUGAAGAGAAGAAACAUUUGUGGGAACACUUCAUAGCCAGAGACAAAAUCAAGGUGGCAAAAGAACAACCCAAUCUGAAUUGGCUUGAAAUGCCUCCGUUGUGAGACCUAUCUUUCCUAAAUAAAUGUUGGAGCAGCGUCUUUCUGAUUUCUGUUGCAUUGUUUUCUUUAUUUUUUUAUCUUCUUGAUGAACUUCUCUUGUUUGAUUUCGUUCUUGGUUCUGUCCAAGUUCCAACUUUCAUCACAUCAAUUUGUGCUUACUUUUGGUAUAGAUGAUCAUAUAUUGAGAUA